CUGAGGAUGGAGAACGGACUCAGCAGGACCUCGGCCUGGGACCUGGACAAGUUCAUAGAGGUUCACCUCCUUCCCAACACCAGCUUCCGAACUGAGGUCAAGGCAGCCAUCAACACCAUAAGUGCUUUCCUGAAGGAGAGAUGCUUCCAAGGCGCUGCUCACCCUGUGAGGGUCUCCAAGUUGGUGAAGGGUGGCUCCUUAGGCAAAGGCUCAACACUGGACCUGGUGGUGUUCCUUAACAAUCUCCACAGUUUUGAGGAUCAGUUAAAGAGACGAGGAGAGUUCAUCCAGGAAAUUAAGAAACAGCUGUAUGUGUUGCAGCGAGAGAAACUUCUUAGAGUGAAAUUUGAGGUCCAGAGUUCAUGGUGGCCCAACCCCCAGGCACUCAGCUUCAAACUGAGCUCCUUCCAGCAUCAACAGGAGGUGGAGUUUGAUGUGCUGCCGGCCUAUGAUGCCCUGGAGCAUGGUCAACUCAACUACAUCAAGCCUCACCCCCAAAUCUAUGCUGACCUCAUCAGGGAGUGCACCUCCCUGGGGAAGGAAAGCGAGUUCUCCACCUCCUUCACGGAGCUCCAGAGAAACUUCUUGAAGAGACAUCCACCCAAGCUAAAGAGUCUCAUCCGCCUGGUCAAGCACUGGUACCAACUGAGUAAGAAGAAGCUGGGGAAGCCUCUGCCCCCACAGUAUGCCCUGGAGCUGCUCACCGUCUAUGCCUGGGAACAUGGGAGUGGAUUCCCUGAGUUCAAAAUAUCUCGGGGCUUCAGGACAGUCUUGGAACUGGUCAUGAUGCACAGGCAGCUUCGAAUCUACUGGACAGUGUAUUAUGACUUUCAAUACCAAUAUGUCUCCAACUACCUGCACAAUCAGCUCCGCAGAGCCAGGCCUGUGAUCCUGGAUCCAGCUGACCCAACUUGGAAUGUGGCUGGUGGGAACCCAGUGGGAUGGCAGUGGCUGGCAGGAGAGGCUAUGGCCUGGCUGCAAUACCCAUGCUUUAAAAACGUAGAUGGUUCCCCAGUGCGCUCCUGGGAUGUGCCGGUGAGACCUUGUCAUCAUCCUGUCCCCUUGCACACAGCUUUGGUCACUCCAUCUAUUUCAAGAAUAUUCAAACAAAAAUGUGAUCUUUCCAAAGGAUUGUAAGUUGU